AUGGCACAAGUCAGAGGAUCAUCAACAAGAGGGAUGGGAGAGAGAUCGUCAUCAUUGACACGCUUGCACGAAAAGAUUUUGCCUUCCUCAGGUUGGACAGAGGACUCCAAUGGCCAUUAUCUUCUUGUUGAUCUUCCAGAUUUUAAAAAGGAGGAGGUGAGGCUUGUGGUGAAUGUCUCAGCUGGCUAUAUGACAGUCAGCGGACAAAGGCAAGUCAAUGAGAAGAAAUCUGAGUAUUUUGAGCAGAACUUCAGCAUCCCUCCAAACUCAGAUGUCGAUAAGAUCACCGGAAAAUUUGACGCUGGGAUUCUCUAUGUCACUGUGCCAAAGGUAGCAGCAGUUGUAGAAGAAAAGAAAGAAGCGGAACCUGAAAUAAUAGAAAACCAAAAUGUCGAAGAAACCGCUGCCACAGAACCAGCUAAGCCAGAGAACAAAAAUGUGGAAGGCGCUGCAGCAGAAAACGUUCACUUAACAGAACCGAAAAAUGAUGGACAGCACUCGAACAAAGAUGAUGGAGCCUCAAAAAAAUUAUCAGGAAAUAAUGACCGCAUAUUCUUUUCUCUGGAGAAUAUAAGGAAAUGGGAGGAGCAUGAAGAUGGGAUUUUGAAGACUGCAAUGGAGAUGUUGAGCAAAAAUAAAGGGAUUGUUAUAACAGCUGUGGUGGCAUUUUCACUAGGGGUGCUAGUUUCUCGUCAGACUUUCCAAUGA